ACAAAGUGGUAAACAGUGUAACGUCAUAAACGUGGGACACAGCGUAGCGUGUGGUUGGAGGCGCCAAGGUGAUAGAACAGAUACAAGCAAAUAAAAUCGGGGAUUUAAUGAUUUAUUCAGCCUCUGACCCCGAGCACAGAGCACCUAACGGCUGACGUCACACAGGCCUGUGAGGGUUACCAUGUUAAGUGUGGGGGGCUCGUCGAGGAUCUUCAGCCUUCCCAUACGAGGAUUCUGCUCAGCUGUGAUCUACAGGAAGUCACUUCCACCUGUCAUCACCUCUCCUGGCAACUACCUCCAUAGAUCAGGAGGGGGGGCACACGUGUCAGGUGUGCGGGCCCUGUCAGGUGGCAGCAGCGAUGCUGCAGGUGGGUGGUACAGCAGCCUGGCGGACUCGACCCCAGUUCACCUGUGUGAACAGCUCCUGGUGAGCGUACAGGAGGCGAGCGGGUUGCCAUGGUGGUUUAGCAUCUGCGUAGCGACGCUGUCAGUGAGGACGCUCGUCACUCUGCCGCUCGCUGCCUACCAGCUGGUUGUCAUCUCUAAGGUGGAGGCACUACAGGCUGAAAUCUCUGAGCUGGCCAAGAGACUACGCUAUGAAGUGUCAGUCACAGCAAGAGAGAGAAGCUGGACGGAGAGAGAGAGCCGGUUCCAGUUCAAGAAGAACCUGCGGCGGAUCGUCUCUCAGCUCUACGUCAGAGAUAACUGUCACCCCUUCAAAGCCAGUCUGCUGGUCUGGGUUCAGCUGCCACUCUGGAUCAGUCUGUCUCUGGCCCUCCGAAAUCUGAGCCUGGAUCAGUCUGACCUGCAGGGGGCGCUGGCAGCAGGAGGUGCUCUGUGGUUCCCUGACCUCACCAUACCGGACUCCACCUUGAUCCUACCUGUCUGUCUGGGACUCGCCAACCUGCUCAUCGUAGAGGUCUUUUCUCUGCAGAGAGUCGCAGCGUCUCGAACCCAGCGGCUGGUCUUGAACACCGUUAGAGGAUUUUCUCUGCUGAUGAUCCCAAUCGCUGCCACGGUGCCCUCUUCCAUGGCUCUGUACUGGUUUGCUUCCAGUCUGGUGGGAUUCAGUCACAACCUCCUCCUUCGCUCUCCUUCAAUCUGCCGACUCUUGCAACUGUCGACUCCUCACUCGACAUCUCCAUACAGAGACCUACUGACCGCCUUCUUCGCCAAAUACCGCAAAUGACCGCGCUGUCAGAUAAUACAGCUGCAAACACCUACAAAACAAGUUGAGGACAGCAAACUGACUCAAUUUAAUAUUUACUAGCUGCCUGGGUCCACCUGAUGGAAAAAAAAAACAAAAACAGCUGACUGUAACUUCCUGUCAGAGUUUAAAGUCAUAUAAAGUCAGAUAAACGUCUGUGAUGAUGUGAUCACCUCAGAUAUUUAAAGUGUUUGAUGUUAAUCUGAGAUGUGUCUGUCUGGUCAUAAAUAAAGUCACUUCAGACUGUGAAUGCUCUGUGUUCAAGUUCAUCUCUGAACAAUAACAGUGAAUGCAUGAUCUUUGACCGCCUGUUUAUUUUCCCACAGACACUCUCUAAACUUAGAAACCGUUAAAGAGGAAGGAUUACAGAUCAGCUACUUAUUGAUCAGAUGUUUCCCGUAUUUAUACCUGUGUGGAUCAAUAGUGCCUUCUCUGAUUCUUCUGUCACACAGUGUGACACAAAGUGGAUGAGCUGUUGUGAUACUCUGCACUUGUCCCAGAAGUACUGACUUUGUGUACAUUAUUCUUUCUAUAUAUUUAUUUGCUAUGAUUUGCUAUGCACUGACUCUCCUGGCUUUGUUUGUGUGAGCAUUCAGUCGCCUGAAAAACAAACAGCCAGCAAAUUAAAGCAAAUACUCCGUUA